GCGCGUCGCCGGCUGGGCCGCGCCGGUGGCCAGGAGGGAGAGACAAGGAGGAGGAGGAGGAGGAGGAGGUACCUCUGCAUUAGCCAGAUUGGAAGUAUGUAAAGAGACAUCCCUAUAUCUGGAUCAUCAGGUCGUGCUUCCAGAAGACUCAGGGAAGAUUACAUUUUCUUCUUGCCAUAAAAGUCGCAAUAGAAAAUCUGAAGGUUUUAACGGGCCAAUGAGUAUUCUCAUCAUUGAGGCAUUCUAUGGGGGCUCCCAUAAACAGCUGGUGGAUCUGCUCCAAGAAGAAUUAGAAGACUGUGUCCUUUAUACCCUUCCUGCAAAGAAAUGGCACUGGAGAGCACGGACAUCGGCUUUGUACUUCUCUCAGAACAUUCCCAUCAGUGAGCAUUACAGGAUCCUCUUUGCAAGCUCGGUGCUUAACCUGACCGAACUGGCUGCCCUUCGGCCUGACCUUGGGAAAUUGAAAAAGAUUCUGUACUUCCACGAGAACCAAUUGGUAUAUCCUGUCAAGAAAUGUCAGGAGAGGGAUUUCCAGUAUGGAUACAACCAAAUUCUUUCAUGCCUGGUGGCUGAUGUGGUGGUAUUCAACUCAAGUUUUAAUAUGGAGUCAUUUCUCACUUCUAUUGGAAAAUUUAUGAAGCUGAUUCCUGAUCACAGACCCAAAGAUCUGGGAAGCAUCAUCAGACCCAAGUGCCAAGUUAUUUACUUUCCCAUCAGGUUUCCUGAUGUGAGCAGAUUCAUGCCCAAGCACAAAACAACCCAUUUAAAGAAGAUGCUCAGCCUUAAAAGAAAUGGUGGUGCUGCUUUAUCCGUGGACCUUCCGUUUCAACCAGAGCAGAGAGAUUCCAGGAAUUUAUUGAAGGAUUUUAAUUCAGAGUACAGUGCACCCGCUGGCCUUGAUCCUGCACAGCAAGGCAAUCUGGGUAAUUCACUAAUGCAGGAGUCAGACUUGAAAAAGUCCAACUCAUCAGAUAAUUCAAGCUCUCAUCAUGGGGAAAAUAAACAAGAUCUGACUCUUAAUCCAUGUGACAUUUUGGAUGGAGUUGAUGAUCACCAAAGACCACUACACAUUGUCUGGCCUCACAGGUGGGAGCAUGAUAAAGAUCCAGAAAGUUUUUUUAAGGUAUUAAUGCAUCUUAAGGACUUAGGACUCAAUUUUCACGUCUCUGUCCUUGGAGAAACCUUCACAGACGUCCCAGAUGUAUUUUCAGAGGCCAAAAAGGCAUUGGGAUCUUCUGUCUUACACUGGGGCUACUUACCCAGCAAAGAUGACUAUUUCCAAGUACUGUGCAUGGCUGAUGUUGUCAUCUCAACAGCUAAGCAUGAAUUCUUUGGAGUGGCAAUGUUGGAAGCUGUGUACUGUGGUUGUUACCCACUUUGUCCCAAAGAUCUGGUUUAUCCCGAAAUAUUUCCAGCUGAAUAUCUGUAUUCUACACCUGAACAGCUUUCAAAAAGGCUCCAGAAUUUCUGCAAGAGACCAGAUAUUAUAAGAAAACAUCUCUAUAAGGGUGAAGUGGCUCCAUUUUCUUGGGCAGCCCUACAUGGUAAAUUCAGGUCUCUGUUAACAACAGAACCUAGGGAAGAUUUGUGACAGAUGGGGCUAAGUCACAAACUUGCAGCCUAAGGCAGAAUCUGAAGAACUUUCCAGAGUGUGCCCAUAUUUACCUGAUCAGAGAGAAAAGAAAAUCUGCAGAGGAAGCUGAGCCUGGCUGCUUGUCAUAGCUGACACAGAGCCAUCUGCCACAAACCUGUGGCGGCUUCAGAUCUCCAAUCCCUGCCACCACCCCAACUCAAAUUAAAUACAGAUUCCUAGAGACGUUAUGAUGGUUACACAUGUCCUCGGCAUCACAUGUAGGAGACUGUUCAAAAAAAAAUAUGUGGCCUGUUGUAUAACCGCACUCAUGUAUCCCAUAUGUGGUGCCACAUUGAAUUUCCGGUUGAAUCCGUUUUUAUCCUUUGUACUGGAUGACAUGGUGCCUGAAUUCUUUCUUUUCGCCGACACGAUGGCAGCCAAACUGCAGCUUCAAACGCUCACACUUGGCUGGGUUUCUACCUAGGUUGCCAGGUUAUCAUCGGAACCUUCUUGUGUCCUCAGAGGGCCACGGGGCCUGAAAGGAGGACCGGAAUGCUCCCGGACUAAUUGGGCAGUCAUCUCGGAAUUGUUUGUGGGCAAAGGGCUGCUUUAGCACUUUUCUUUUUGCAAAUUAAUGACUCUCAGGCACAGGGGUUUUUAAGUGAAGGUAUUAAUAAGAGGUCUGGCAGGUAUUCCCAUGAUUCACAGAGUUACAUUUGCAUUUAAUUAAUCUUAAAGAAAGUUGCAAGAUAAACAGCUGUAAUUCGGACAAACAUGGCAAAUACAGUCAGUGGGGCCAUCUAGCCCAUAAAGUGAACACCGAGAUACUUGUCUGAAUUUCUUUCCAGGGGUAAAAAUACUUCUAAAAAACCAGUGGUUUUGAUAUAAAUAUUCCUUGAAAAUAUUUGCAUCCAACUACAAAUAUAAUCUUUUCAAGAUAGAUCACUUAUGAUUCCAAUAGUCAAGCUCCUGUAUUUGUUGAUGUAAGGAUGUUUUGAACAGCUAGAUUGUAAAAUAAAUUUUUAAUAAAGUGCCCACUGCAACUUUUAAUUAGCAUAUUCAUUUACGUAUAAGUGUGUACAUCUAUCUGUAUGUUUCUCACUGAACAUUUUCCUUGUGACAGAGACAGGAAUACAAUUGUUUCUUUUCCGGAUGAACAAGGAUCUGUUUUGCAAAUGUUUGUAAGAUAUUAUGACAUUUCCAAGAUUUUCUUUGCAUUCUGGAAAGCAGGAGGUAAACAUUUGUAGUCAUUAAGGUAAAGUCUGUUGAUAAACCAUCUUCUGUUUACUGACAGGUAAAUUGUAACUUUCCUAGCUUUUGAAAUGAAUAAGUUCUAUACACCACAGAGUGAGGCGCAGCCGGGGAAAGGUGGCUAGACGAGGGCCAGGCCUGGCUCUCUGGCUUCCAGAAGGAUUGAACGGCCUCGCAGGCAUCCAAGAUAGAGCUGACAAUGGUUCAGAAGUCCAGCAGGGCCCAUUUGACAGGUAGCAAAAUUGAAGCAGGAAAUAAAUCAAGCUUAGGGAGCCAGGCACAGCCCUGGGGUAGAGGCAGUAUCGCAGAUCAAAGAAGAAGGCAGGAGUUCAGAGUGUGUGAGGCCUGGGAAUUCAAAAUCAGGAAGAGUAAGAAGCGGCAACAACAAGCUCUGUCUUUGAACAGAGACUCCUCUCUAAUCUGCAUGAGAGCCAUAGUCUGUGAUGGGCCACCAUACUUUCAGGCCUCACUUACAGAGAAGUCGCUGAGCAAAUUACCUCCUCACCCAUGAAACAAAGGGCUUGGGAACUAUUUUGGAAAUGUAAGACUGGAGCUCAGAAUCUAGCAGGUGUGCUCCUUUUGAGAGUAAAACUGAAGAUAUAAAUAUGAGUGACAAGUUCUUAGACACUUCUCCUGGGCAAGGUGAUACUUUUUAUUCCCUCUAGUGAGAUGAACCAGAUGAGUCAAUAUACUUCAGUCAGAAAGGUGCUGUGUCACAGAUGACAUCCUCUCAAAAUAAGAUUACAAUCUCACAGCCAAGAAACAGAGCUUUAGUUUGCUCUGUUUUUCUAGCCCAAAAAUAAUGGAUUCAUCUUUUAUAGUGGCUAAGAUGUUAUAUGCACAACCACUAUCCAUAUACGUUUUCUCACUAAUCAUGGGUAAAAAAAAAGCAUUAAAUACCCUUCAGAGAACACUUCUGAAACAUUUCCAUAUUUUCCUGAUUUUGGUGAAUAUAAUAUUGAAAGUUACCUGCAUAUGGGUUUUUUUUCCUACACCCAUAAACUCAAAUCAAAUUUUAUCUUUAGCUGUGGCCAGCAUUUCUUCCAGGAUAAAAACUUACACUUAGAAAGGUAUCACUCCUGAAACUGUGCUGUCAGAGUUGGUAUUAGUACACGUAAGCAAAAAAAGAGUUUUUGUAAAUGUGUAAUUCUUAACAUUAAAAAAGAUGUAUUAAUAACUGUGUGUGUGCACGUGCACACAUUUCUCAAUACCUGUGACAUGGUGGAAUGGUGUGUUUUUAAGUAAGUUAACCAGUAUUUUGUUGAAGUCAGCAGAUCAGUGAGAAUACAAGUUGACUCAUUAAUUCCUGUUUCCCUUAUUUUCAGGAAAGAGAUCAAACGCCCCCAUUAUUUCUUGGUUUGAGUAUGUUUGUUGGAAAAUGUCUUUUUUCAAACACUCAAUUCUAUUUUUAAAAAAAAUAAUAUCAAUGUUAAUUUUAAAUAUCUUUAAAAGUCUGCCUGUUGUCAAGACCUUGAUACAAUGUCUAAGAUGCUUGCCCUAAAACUUAUUCUGUGUUUCUGGCAAGGUGUUUCUAUAAUAAAUAACAAUGUACCUGGUUCUUAACCUACUCAUUUAUACCACGGUGAUCAGGAAUAGGUCAAAAGACCUUUUGCAAAAUGCUUCUGGUUUAAUAAAAAUCCUUCAAAUAAAAAUCCUUCAAAGUUCA